GCCAUGACCGUCGUGUUAUGAGGGAAAACGUAUUUGGCAUGUGAACGUUUGCGUAAUAGGAUUGUAGGCGUCGCGGUUAUCAGAAACUGUUGCACGCGGUAUCCAAACAAGGAAGUUAGGUCUUCAGGGCUCGAAGCUUUAGCAAUUGAACACGGAAAGCACGUUUUUACAAUAUUACUUUCUUAAAAGGCCCACCGAAUUGGUAUGAGCCGUGCUCUCCUUCUGUUCGACGCUCCGGCAUGAAUGGCUUUCCGACAGUCACGAGCCUUGCCGGUAUAAUCUAAUUAUAGUGUUCUGUACGAGCUACUGAAUCAGCAGUGGGGUCCACUUCGAGCUAUAGCUUGCCCAGCUGCACGGACAGUGCGAGUCCCUGUCGCAACCUCCGGGCCCGACACGUUUCUACCUGUCUUGCGCAAGGAACUACUAUGAGUUCCUAAAGCACACUUGAGAAAUACUAUUGGACCUCCCAGGCCGGUCGCGUAGGAUUUUAUGAUACUGACCCAUGGCCGAUGCAUGUAGCGAGAUAGCCGAUACGCGCAGAGCCGGCUAUGGAGGGGGCGUGAUGUACCUACAUCAAGUUGCACCUGCGACAUUGGCACCUACAAGCUUAAUUAGCAACACAACUCCUCAUGGCGUCCCCUCAGCUACCUUGCUUCCACGGUCUACCACCGAUCCUCGCCCGGUAUCAUCCUUUGUAAACUCUGAUUUUGGGCACGUUAACGGAGGGCCUUUCCGGGAGGACUUUGCAAGGGUUACAAGCUUCGACGCCCAAGAUGAAAGGCUACCUGCACAGACAGCCGGCGCGUGUGGCAUGAGUGGCGAUGGUAACGACACUUUGAAAAAGAUCGUUGCUGAUCCGGGAGCCUCUUCGAUGGAUCUAGCUUAUCUAAGCAAGGUUCCGCAACACUCCUACUGGCCUCCUCCUCCUGCCGCUCCUGCUCCCGCCACCCUAAAGAAACGUUUCAGCAGCGGUGCGGACAACGCCGGUGUAUCUACAUCUGCUGCAAAUCCCGGCAAGCCCUUUCCUCGAGGCGAAUCUGUUUCUACAGGCAAAGACGGCUCCCGAAGUUAUGGCCCAAUGCUCCCAGAAUCGCCAGCGGCCAAACUCACAACUAUUCCUGACCAGCCCUUGCCUCGUACACCCUCCGGGUCACUAGCAGCUACCCCAGGGCCGCGUAGCAGCUCAAGCCAGGUCUGGGCCGGCGCCCCCGCCUCCUCCACGCCUCCCGCUGCGCCCUGCUCCUCCCGCUCGUCCGCCAUGCGUCAACCGGGGCCCCUCCAGACGGCGGCAACGGACACCAGGAGCACCAAUCCUCCUCCCACUGCCGCUGCUGGCCCCGCUGCUGCAAGCGGCAGGGGCGUCAAUGGUGGCCGUGCGCCGGCGGUCGCACUAGCCCCCAAUGGAGGCAGCAAGCAGCAGCUGCCACUCGGCGCCCCCAUUGCCCCGCAGCAGCCGUUGGCAACAGCAGCAGUGGGUGCGGUUGGCGCGUCACGAGGCGGCGGUCCACCUUCCGAAGCCAUGCAAGCGUCGCUGUCGGCCUCCCAGCCCCAACCACGGACCCAACCUCAGCCUCGGAGGACGAAGGAGGGGCAGCGGGAUGUACAGGAAAGAUGGCGGCAGAUACAGCAAGCCGCAACGGAGUCGGCUGGCGGUGCGGGGCUACCUGUGGCGACCGCUCCGCCGGCGACCUCUCACCCGUCACCCCAUGGCUUGGCUCGCGGCGCUGCGACCUUGCCAGCCUCGGCUGCCCUGGCGCCGGGGUCAGGAGCUGUGAGGUCCAAGGGCGUGUUGUCGCCCAAGGUCCCCAUCAUUAUGCCGCGUCAGUUCGCCGAGCGCGUCAUGGACCCUGCCACCAUCCUCAAGCACGGAGUCACAGUCCUUGUGCGCCGCAUCGGAGACCUGCCCGCCACCUCCGACCCCCUGCACCCCCACCCGCACCCACACCCGGACGCAACACCGUCAGCUGCUGCGUCUGCCGGCGUGGACGGUGGUGCGGCGGGUGGCGGCGAGGGCGAGGACGCGGGCUGUGCUCCUGACCUGGUCAUGCCGACGCGUGUUGAGCAGUUCUUCCACGCGCAGGGCUACAGCCAGUACCGCGUGCUGGGCCUGAAGGAGAUAUCGUGCGGGUACCCUAACUGGCGUAUUGAGAUGUGGGAAGCGCUGGACGACACGACCGUGAGACUCACCAUCCGGGCGCCCACACAGGCCGCCAAGGCUGCCGUGCCGCCGCCCCAGCCGCCCCCGCCCCCACCGCAGCACCCCUCUGCCACCGCCGCCGGCAACCCAGCGGCCGCUGCAAGCCCCAGCCGCAACCAGGCAGCUGGGGCUGGGGCUGGGGCUGUCGCAGCGAUGCCGCCUCGGUCCGCCGCAGCGGCUAUACCUGCUAUAUCCAGUGCUGGGGAGGCAUCCCCGCUUGCGCGGCGGAUGCCGCUGGUGCCGAUGUCGCCAACACGUGCGCCCGGGGGCCGUUGCGCCUUCCCUGCUGUUGCUCCCGGCGGCUUUCCGGGGGCGGAGGAGGGCCCAGGACGAGACCGGCUGGGAGGCCUGGGAGAUGCCGCUGCAGCACUCCUAGAGAUGGACACGGCCAAGCGCGAUGCGGGUCUGGAGUGCACCGAGGUGGUCGGGGAGGAGGACGCGGAGGACGCAGGCGCUGCAGCCACUGUCGCGGCCGACCCAGAUGAAGACCGCGAGGAUCGACCCAUGGGUCCUGCUCCUGCUGCGGCUUCGGGACGUGGUGGUGGACGCAUCGUCAAACAGGAAAUCGAAGGUCUGCACGAGCGUCGCGAAGAACGCCCGGCCGACGGUGCCGCUGUUGCUGGCGCUGAUGCUGUUGCCGGUGGCCGCUCCGUAGGAACAGCAGCAGGGGAUGCACAAAGUGUCCGCGGCCGCGGCUCGGCAGGCGGAGCCCACAUGGCUGGAGGCGGCGCCGGCGGUGCGGUGCGGCCGCCUGAGGAAGGCAGCCUCGCGGCGGCCGGAGCUGCGGUGGAAGGCAGCGGCGGGAAGCGAGCGUGGGAGCCGGCUGCUGAGGGGGGCUGGGAGGGGCGUGAGGAGGCACCGGGACCUCGAGGCCACGAGGGCCACCGAGACGGCGGGCUGAGCAAGUUCAUGCGGACGAGCGGCGGCAAGGCUUACAGGGGUGGCGACGGCGGCUUUGCGGAGGGCUCUCCGACUGUUGGUGGCCAGCAGGACCAUGUGGGCCAGCAGGCGGGCAGCCCCCGGGCGCCACCCGAGCGGCCGCACCGCAGGGGCGCCAGGGCGGGAGGAGCAGGAGGAGGCGGCAGCAGCCGGGACGCAGCAGGUGCCGGCGCGGGGGGCAGCAGCACCGGCACCGGUGGCGGCGGCGGCGGCGGCGGCGCAUUCGGAGGCUACAGCAGCCUGCCGCCUGAGGACAUGCCGCCGGAGCUGCCGGGCGCGCUGGCGACAUCGCCGCACCCCUGCCGCAAGGGCGGCGCCACGGUCCUGAGUCCCGAGCACUUCAUCCACCUGCCGCGGCUGUUCUUCCAGGACCACUUCGACACCGCCGCCGUGCUGGCGGGCGGGCUGCGCGUGCAGGUGCAGGCGGGCGGGGUGCUGGACCCGCAGGUGGCGGCCUGCAGUGUGGCCUCCUACCAGAACCACACCGGCUACCGCUACUACCGCCUGCUGGGCUUCAAGGAGGUGCCCAGGCGUUACGCGGGCUGGCGGGUGGCGGCCUGGGACAAGGUGGCUGCGGACACGGUGCGGGUGCGACUGGCGCCGCCGCUGGGGCUGCCGCUCGCAGCGGCACUCAGCCGGGCGGGACUGCUGCCGGGGGGGCCGGAGGGGGCGCAGGCGGAGGCAGCGGCAGCGGCGGCCGGUGAGGAUGCCGGCAGCGGGGGGGGAUGCGUUGUCGAUCAGUUGGGUGGCCAACAGCAGCAGCAGCAGCGGGCUGCUGCUGGGGGGACCCUGGCUGCUACCGCGACGGGGGGUGAGGCAGGCGGUGGCGGCGGCGGCCGACGCAGUGUUCGGCCUGCGGCCGACAUGAGCCGGCGCGGCUGCGUUGCCGCCCACGAAGCUGAGGCGGCUGACUGCGUUGGUCAGCAUGAAGACAUGGAUGAGGGGGAGUUGUCCCCAGCCGCCAUCCUGCCCUCGCCGCGUGGCCGGGACGAUGCCUACGUCAGGACCGACAAGCCUGCCAUCGUACCGCCGCCAGUCAAACGCACUCGCGAGGAGCAGCAAGACGACGCCUCCUUCCAUGCACCGGAGCGCCGCCGCGACGGUUCACCUUCCUCCCCGCCCGCCGGCGCAACCGCUCCUUCCAGUGCUGACCUCCGCCGGCUGGUCGCACUGGCGGGGGCCGCCAGCCGCGGACCGCAUGACCACUCGGGCAACCACCAGUCGGCACCUGUCGACCACCGCCUCACCCACCUCAGGGAGAUCAGGGCGCCAGCGCCGACACGCAACGCUGCCUCCAUUUCCCCAUUGUACGGCAACGGCAGCCCCUCACCCCUCAGCGGCAGCGGCGGCGGAGGCGGAGGCGGGAAUGUCGUAUUCCGUCACCAGGGUGUUCCGGGCGUGACGGAGGUACGGCGCAUCAUGGAGGCGGGCGUGGCGGCUGCUGCUCAGCGGCUGGGUGGUGCGGGGGUUGCGCGAGUGCGCAGCGUGGUGAGUCAGAACCCGAGUGUGGUGCGGCCGGACAAGGGGCGCGUGUACCUGCAGAAGCCCUUCGUGGAGGGGAGUCUGGCGGUCGGCAGCACACCGCUGGCGGUGCAGGUGCUGAUCAACUCCGGCGGCCAGCUGGACCCCGGCAUGUACCCGACCAAGGUCACCCUCUCCAGCAGCGGCGCGCACGGCAAGGCGGAGUACCUGCUGCGCCUCACCGCGCCCAUGAAGCAGGCGCACACCGGGCAGCUCAUCGUGGGCUGGACGGCGCUGGGGCGGCAGCAGCUGCUCAUGCACCUCACGCCGCCGCCGCCGCCGCAUGGGCAGCCUGGAGGAGGCGGGGGUAUGGCGGAGGCGGGAAUGAGCGUGCCGGUAGUGGGGUUGUGGCCGGCGGUGGAGACGCCGCUGAUGGGCCGUGAGGGCAGCGGAGGAGUUGCGCAGCGAGAAGGGGUGGACGAGGAGUUGGAGGAGGAGGAGGAGCAGGCGGCGCUGGGUUGCGGAGGUGGACCUGAUGAUGAAGCGGCGGUGGGCGAGGAGGUGCAUGCGGCAAGGCCGCAGCCGAACAGGAGGGGUUGCGCGGAAGGGCCGUUACCGUCGCUGUCUCACCCUCCCGCAGCGGUCCUGCGGGGCCCGCUCUGUGACCCGCUGCUCGCCGAGCGGCUGCAGCAGCACCACGAGGCGCUGCUCUCUCGCGCCCUCAGCGCCCUCUGCAGGCAGCCCGCCACAUACCAGGCGCCGCUGCAGCAGCAGAUGAGGCACGCAGGAGCAGGACCUGCGGCUGCUGACUGGCCGGAGCGAGACAAUGACGGUGACGUCAGCCCGCCUGCCGGUGCCGCGCUCUUGGCCGCCCGCCGACCCAGAAGCCUGGGCGUGCAGCGCCCCCGGCAGAGCUGCUGGGAGCACCCCAGCUGCUCGUUGGCACUGCUGCAGACCUACCGGAUGGGGUUUGUUGCCAGCGACGGCGGUGCUGGUUGCGAUGGCGGGGGCUAUGGGAUUAUUGCCGGCGGCGGCGGCGGUGUUCGUGGGGGCCGUCAUGUUCGCAAGCACUCGCUGCCCGAGUCCGUGCUGCAUGCGGCGGAGCAGCUGCUGCACCUGUCCGGGCAGGCGCUCAGCGCCAGUGUGGAGCAGGGAGGCGACGGCGAGGAGGGCGGCGAGGAGGAGGGGGAGGAGUACGGAAGCAAGGAGUACGGCGGCCUGCAUGGCUUGUCGUACGUUGCUGGCGGCGGCAAGGCUGAGGUGGCCUUGCCUGUUGUCAUGCCCGGCCGUGGUGGCAGCGAGGCGUGUGCGGACGCAGCGGAGGCCAUGGCGGCGGUUGAGGGAGGAGGCACUAGCGGCGGUGGCGGUGCGGACUGCUGGCAGUUCCGGGAGCGCAGGGCUGCUGCGCUGGCUGCCAUGCGGGGCGGCGGCGGCGGCGGUGGUAGCAUGACGGUCGCCGCGGCACCCCAGCUGGACCCGCCCUUGGUGGCAGCUGGAGGGGGCGUGUCGGAGGGCGCUGAGGCGGCGCUGUCGCCCUUCGCCACCCUCCUGUCGCAGGCGGUGGGCGGUGCAGGUCAGCAUGCGGGAGCUGCAGUCCUGCAGGCGGGGUUGUCGCCCGUGCUGCCCCGUUGCGAGGGGGCGGUGGCCGCUAGACUGCCUAGCGCCAAGGCUUCGGCUGCGCUCCAGGAGGCCGAGGCAGCGGGUCCGGCUGCUGCUUCCAUUCGAGCAGCAGCAGCUCCAGCAGCAGCAGUGCUGCUGCCGGGAGGCCCUCAGCGGUUGUCAUACGCGCGCAGCAGCAUCGACUCCAGCGGCGGGCUGCAGCUGCCCUCGGAGCGGCCACAGCUGCCGGCGCCGGCAGCAUCGCCGCCUGAGGGCGGCUCGCCUCCGCCUCCUUCCCCAGGCAGUGGCGGCGGCGCCUUGGAGGCUGGCCCUUGGUCCCCUUACAGGGAGGAAGUGGGGCGCCUCCCGAGGGGGGCCAGUCUAGGCAUGGCUCGCAAGCGCUCUGCGGCCUCCGCUCUGACGGGGGCCAGCGGCGAGGAGGGAGACGGCGGUAGGAGCGUGGGAGGUGACAGCAGCGGCGGCGAUGGCGGUGGUGAGGGCUCCCGGCCUCGCAAGUCGCGCCGCACCUGCCACAGCCCCAGUCCGGCCCCGGGGGUUGCGCCCGCUGGAGGUGGUGGUGCAGCAGGCGAGCAGGGCAGCUUGGAGCAGGGCAGCAGGCACGGAGCAGGGGUUGAGGAUGCGACUGCGGCUGCGGCGAUUCGUGACCCCGCAGCAGCAGCGGCCUACCUGGCCGGCAUGUGGCCCUUCGCCGCGGCAGCGCUGCCUGGACCACACAUGCAGACACAGAUGCAGGCGCCGACCUCGCUGCCACCCUCAGCUUUGGCUGCCUUGGGUGCGCAGCUGGGGCUGCACCCAUCCAUGGACGUCAUCGCUCGCAUCCAGGAGCUGCGGCAGCAAGCGGACCAGCAGCAGCAGCGGGAGGCGCUGCAGCGGCAAGAGCAGCGGCAGCGGUGGAAGCAGUGGCAACACGACAACCAGGAAUCUGCAGCAGAGGUCAGUACGGAGGUGCCGCAUCAUCGCAGGUCCUCUGCUGCGGGCCAUGCGAACACUGGACAGAAGGGCGGACCCCAGCGCGAGUCAGGCACCACCCUUUCCACGCCACCGCGCUCAGUGGCGGACAGCCUCGACCCGCACAUGCAAGGUCCGCUCCGGAGCUCCUCUGCUACUCUGGGGCGCCCGGCCGCUGCCGUACAACCAGUUCCGUCGCAGCCGCAGCGCGCGAGCAGCGACGGUGGCGCAUGCGGCGACAGGCCUGGAUGGCAGAGCCUGGCAGGGCCCGGCAGCAGCCGCAGGGGACAGGGCAGGAGCCGACCGGACGGCGAAAGCGCUCAUGACACAGCCGCGACAGGAGCAGCAGAAGCCGUCCGUCUGGACGCAGCUCGGUUGGUGAGGCAGGGUGGGCUGGUGGACGCACCCUGGCCCCUGUCCUGGCCCUCGCUUCCUCCCGGCGCUCUCGCCAGCGUGGACCCGGCCCUGCUGGAGCACUACUUGCGCAGCGGUGGCGGUGUUGCUGCUGCUGCCCUCGCCUCCAGCAGCUACCAACCCCACCACAUCCAGCAUCAGCAUCACCACCAGCCGCCCCAGCAGUACGGCAACGGCAGUCUGGGUUUGUCGGGUGUGGGUCCGGCGCUGCUGCACCUCAUGAUGCAGUCGCGGCUGCGGCAGCAGGCGGCGGAGCUGGCGGCGGCGGUGUCGGCGACAGCGACAGCGGCUGUGGCGCCGCCGCAGUAUUCCCGCGGUCCGCUGGCGGAUGCUGGAGCCGGGCAGGGAGUGGGGGAAGGCAGCCUGGGGCGCUGGUAGCUGAGGAGCUGACGGGUUGUGAGGCUGCGGUCUGAAGAAAGGAGGAAGUGCGCAUGCGGAACGUUGCCGAGUUGGCGGCUAACUGGUGCUUUAUUUGGGAGCGUAACUGGGUCUGGAUUGGUUUAGGCAUGCAGCUUAUCAGGAGGUAUGCAGGGGUAAGAGGGGGGCCAUUACCAUUUGGAUCGCCCAUAUUUAUUGCCCCGGCUUGGGGUUGGUUGCAUGUCAUGUUGCUCCAAGACGUACCGUCGCUGCAGGACGCGGUACCAGCUGCGUAUGUGUGUGUAGUUGAGGCUUAACAACCGCUACGGUAGGUUGCGCUUGGCUAGUUGCGUCUCUGCUAGCCUGAGAAAUAAGCAUUCAAAUAAUGGAGGAGGGCAGCUGGAAGUGCUGCGUGUGUGUGCAUCCUAGGUCGGUCCGUUUCCCACUCGGGUGUCACCUGUGGGUGCUGUGGAUAGGCGAGGUGGCUCUGCGCGGUACACGCGCCGGGUUGAGCAGGUUGCCGCGACAGGCCGGUUCGGGGGGAUGGGGCAGCCGGGCAGCUGCAGGUGCUGCUGGCAGUACCCGCACCAGGGGGGGCAGGUCACUUGCUUGUAGGGAUGCGUUGUUUGCUGGACUGCACAGGCAUUCGGCUUAUAAAUGUUUUUGCAUGAAGAGAGUAAAUGCGAAGUGAGCAGAUGUAUGUCCCAGCCGCCCUGCCGUUUGGUUGUUGUUUGGCAAGAUGGGUUUGGCAGAAUGCUGCAUUCGUACAAUGGCCGUGUUUUUGAGAGGAGACAGUUUGGACAGUUUGCUCCUGCCCGUGCAUCUGUGGCCAGGGUCAGGUUGCUAGGCGUUUGCAUCUGUGGCCAGGGUCAGGUUACUAGGCGUUGUUUGCAUUCAAAGAUGAUGUGAGUGGAGUCAUCGAAGACGGCGUUUUGCGCAGUGCAUGCGGUAGGUUGAGGUGGAUAAUCGAGGCAUCAAGCCAUAUUGCUUGCCCGCUAACGAUUCUGUGAGACGUACGGUAUGCUUUUGUGUCGUGCAGUGAAAGCUGGCCGGACGUACCCCCGCCCAGACCACCUGCUGUGAUGGCGCUCUGUGGUUAGUGCUUGCUUGCUUGGUUUUGCAAGGUAGUUGGUUUGUCGAGUUGGGGACAGGUGGUUUGUCCCCUCGCAUGGCUUACGUUUGCCUGGUAUGUGGGUUGGAGACAUUGUCGGCUCUGGCCUCUUGCUGUGUUUUCCACCGGCAUCACCGACCGUCCUGCCACAUUGGCAUGCGAUAAGGGGCGUGGUGCGUGUGAGCCGUCGUGACCUUGGUGUUGCAGCUCGGCAGUGUUGCUGCUUGUGAUGUGAUUGUCAGACAGGAGUCCAACAUGCAUCACCGGGUUGUGCUGGCCAAGAAGGGCCGUAUUCCCCCAGCAGCACUUUCCUGUUGUCAUGAAUUAUAUAGAACACUAUCGUUGCGUACGACCGUUGCCAUUUAGCGCUUGCAUAGUAGGGUUUGUUUAGAGAUCAGGCCGCAGUUGCUUGCCCCUCGAUGUACUGGUCUUUGUCGUAUAUUAGUCGUAGCAGUUAUUGUUGUUGUGCGCAAGGCGGUAUAUGGAUUCCUGUAACCUUGUCGUUGUAGCUUUGGGUUGUGUCACGUUGUGCAGUGGGUAACGAUGUUGUUGAUGAUGUUGAUGCUAGGGUUUUCGACGUAGGUGCUCCCCUAAUACUGUAUGACACCGGUACGAUCAGCUCCAACCAGGGUUCAUUGAAAGCGGUUUCAUGUCGUGUGGACGUUCCCACACUCGUGUCGCCGUACAUAAUAUGUAAUAUGUCCUCGCCCG